CCGGACGCGAAAUAUUAGCAUAAACAUUUAUUUUGGUAGCAUGUCGCAUUUUUACGACGGAGCUUUAGGAGCCGUCCUACAUUUUAUCAGUUACUAAGAAGAAAGGAUCAGUAUGAGUGCUUUAUGAUGAUUUAUGAAUGAUGUCAGAGGCUGCUUUUGAAGAAGUCUCCGUUUUAUCAUCCAUUUACUGCGGCGAGGGAGAGUUCCGGGUCGUUCAACAAUCUGCUCAAGAUGGGAUGUUGGUGCAGAUAAACCGCUGCAGUGAAGGAGACAGCAGUCAGAAUGUGAGCGUGGUGUUCCAGCUGCACCCCAGCUAUCCUUCCUGCCCCCCCGACAUCUCUGUUUCUUCCACUGGCCUCUCUCGGACUCAGUGUCACACCAUCAGACAGAGACUUCUGGAUCGAGCAGCAACCCUAACCCCAGAACCGAUGAUUCACCAGCUGGUAGAGGACUUACAGCAGCAAUGUGUGGAACUGACGAAGGACGCCAGAGGAGGUGAAGCGAAGAUGGCAGACAGUGAAACAGUGGAGGAGUGGACUGAAGUUUUGUUGCUAGACCACAUUCGAUCCCGAAACCGUUACGUUGGACUUCUGGAGCACUGGAGCCAGCAGCUGCAGCUGGGUGGCAGGCUCUUACUGGGACAGAAUAUACUCAUAAUUUUGCAAGGAAGAAGACGUAACAUCAAG